UACACCCCUUUAUUUUCUUCAUGUCUUAAAUUUGCAUUGCUCUAAUCUUCUUAACUUAUUUAUUUGUUUCAAGAGAGAGUUUGGAUAUGGCUGGACGUAUUAGUCACAUUUACAGCAUUGUGCUGGUUGUUUUACUAGUGUUGGUUGCGUUUUCUAGCGUCAUUGAGGGAAACAACAGGCUUCAUCCAGGAGAUUGCCAACCAAGAUGCAACUAUAGAUGCUCAGCAACAUCACACAGGAAGCCAUGCAUGUUCUUCUGCCUCAAGUGCUGCUCAAAAUGUCUGUGUGUACCGAAAGGUACUUACGGCAACAAGCAAUCGUGCCCGUGUUACAACAACUGGAAGACCCAACAAGGAGGCCCCAAGUGCCCUUAAUCUCCAUCUACUUCCCAAAACUAUAAUUAGGCAUUAGUUAUACUUAAAUAAUUAUUGUUUAGUAUGUGGUCGUACUAUUUUUUAUGUUAUGUACUACUAUGUAUUACCUCAUUAACUCGUGCCCUGGGUUAAUUUGUUGAGUAUUUGGGUUGAUUUGAUGAUGAAAGAACAUUAUUUUAAGCAUAUUUAUAUGAAUGAUUAUCAUUUUACCA